UUAGUUGAAGUUUAGUUUCGACAAAUACAUAGAGAUUGCAGCAACAUGGUUUAGGAAAGGAGCAGGCGAAUUUAUGGGGUUUGUUUGCAAUUGCAAAUAACAAUAACAAUAGAACGGUUUGUGAUUGUGAAUUGUGAUCGAUCGAAUCCGAACAUGGAAGGAGCCUCAAGCUCAGGGUACGCGUGGGCAGUAUCUGCUGGAUUCAACGCCGCUCUUGCAGCCAUUUCAGUUAAGCUCUCUCUUCACCAGUUUGUUAGGUACGGGAUGGUGGUAUUGUUCAAUGUCACGAUGUGGGCUUGUUAUGUCAACAGCCUUAAAGCUCUUUCAUCUCUUCAGGCAACUGUCACCAAUUUCGCUACCAAUUUUAUCUCUUCCGGUUUGGCAGGUUACUUCUUCUUUCACGAAUCACUCUCUUUCCAGUGGUUUGCAGGUGCACUACUUAUAAUAAUUGGUGUAGUAAUACUUAGCAACUCAAGUAUUGAGAAGAAGGCUAGCACUGAUUAGGUUUUACAGUUCAGCAUGAUACCUUUUAGGCUUUCUUGCUAAAGACGGAGGCAAGCAUCUGCAACUGCAUGGAAGCAUAUUUUUUUUAACAAGAAUAGUAAAGUUAGAUAGUUUCCAGGGCAGUUCACCUUACAUGAAACAAACACCACACAAAUCGUAUUUUGCCUUCACCGAUUUAAUAACUCUUGUUAUAUGUCAUUCAGGAUGAGGCAAUUGUUAUUAUUAGCCACAAGCAACUUUUAGUUGCACCAUCUCAUGGCUCCUUUUUUAAGUUUAUAUUUGUACAAUGAUCUCAAGGUUCAAUCAGCUAUGUUUAUGAAUGUUGUUCAAAAUUCGUCUGCAA